GUGACCAUGUCAAAGCUAAAACUUGCAUGGGUAGAGAAUGACAAGGCAAGAGCAAUAACUUUGAAGAGAAGGAGAGAAGGAUUACUAAGAAAGGUGAAAGAGCUAUCUAUAUUGUGUGAUAUAUGGGUCUGUCUAAUCAUUUUCAGCCCUAACGAAGUCGAGCCAGUGGUGUGGCCAUCUGCUGAGAGGGCUCGUGACCUCUUAAACGAUUUCUUUGCCUUACCAAAGUUCGAGCAAAAGAAGAAAGAGACGAGUGUCGAAUCAUUUCUGAAGAAGAAGACAGAGGCCGUUCAUAAACAAUUGAUGAAGAGUAAUAAAAAGACGAAGGAGUAUGUCACUGAUGAGUUAAUGUUACAUUUACAACACGGUCGUGGAAUUGAAGAUCUUAACUUGACUGAGAUCUAUGCAUUACUAUCUUACUCAAAAGAGAAAAUCAUACUUUGUAGGAAGAAGUUCAAUUUCAUGCAGUUUUCUCCUCUUCGCGAUCCACUGGUGCUUCCAAUUGAGGUGCAAGUCAAGCAGUUGACGAUCACAACAAAUGAUUCUUUUGUAGGAGGCGGUCAAGACGAUGAUAAAACUGAGUUCGAUCCCAAACCACUUGAACAUGUAAGUCAUUGUCCAUACCAAGGAAGUAGUAGCAAUGGAAACGCUAGUUUGGAGAUGGAGCCUAUUUAUCCCUUUGCGACGUGUUUUCAUGGUUUGGUUGGGUCUGCCUCUCAACAAUUACAACAUCGUAACAUGAACAAUAAUCCAAUAAUGGCUAUGAAUCAACCAAAACAAUACCUUUUCGAUUUCAUGAAUCGCGAGCAGGAAAUAGAAGAGGAAAAAAACAACAUUAACACACAAAUUUACAGGGGCAACAACGGUAUAGCGACCAAUGAUGAUGUUCGCCAAGAGCCACCUCUUAGUGAAACAACCGUUAGAGAAGAUAAUGUUAAUCUGAUGUCGCUCGAUAUCGAUAGGGAUUGGCUGAGCUUAUAA